GAGCAGGAGGCUGAACGAGCUGCGGACGCGUGGAAAGCGGAGGUCGCAGCUGAAGCUCGAGGAAAGUGCGUGAAACUCUUCGGUUCUGCGGGUCCGGGUCUGCGGGUCUCAUGGUGACACUCCCCCGGCUCCCUGCUACCCACUCCCCGGCUCCACAGCGUCCAUCCCGGCGCUAGAUCGCCACAUUCCGCCCGCGGACUCCUCCUGCACGCUCGCUAGCUUAGCUACCAGCUAGCUGCAGGAGCUAGUCGGCUAGCUGUUAGCUGUUAGCUAGCUGUUAGCUAGCGAGCUCCAGCCCCACGGAGAGAAGUUGUUUACCCCAAGUCGUGGAUGCGGUUCCCCCCCCCCCAGGCUGCCCACCACUUCUCCCCGGGACCCCAGGGCCAGGACCCCCGCGGCGGCACACUGGACUGAACCCUGCGAGCCGCUCGGGAACCAGCAGCAUGUCCGCAGAGGUCGAGAGCAGCCGGGUGGACUCCGGUGUGACAGCCGAGAAGAAGCUCCACCAGCCCGGGGAGCCGAGCCAGGAGCCUCCGAGCCCCGGGGAGCAGAGGAGCUCCGCCGGGCCGGAGGAGGAGCACCGCAGCCCCGCGGACACACACAGGAAGUGCCCCCCGGAGGAGAACGACAAGGAGAACGAGGAGGAGGUGAAGGAGGAGCAGGAGGUGGAGGAGAAGCGGACUGUGGUGGUGGAGGCUCCUCCGCCCAAAGUCAACCCGUGGACCAAGAGGACCACGGGCCGGGUGGCCAUCAGCUCCAUCAGCUCCAUCAGCUCCAACAGCCCCCAGGACAAAGAUCAACAAAACGCUCUGAAAGUCGUCCGGCCCAGCAAACCCAGGACGAGAAAGUCCAGCAAGUCGGGUGACUUCAGCGAUAUCACAAACUGGCCCACACCUGGGGAGCUGGCCAAAGAGCAGCAACAAAAUGUCCUGAACAACAACGGAAAGAAGCCGAACGUCUCUCGCAAGGAGAAGGAGGACGAGAAGCCGAGCGAGCGGCCGGAGAGCAGCCAGGACGGGGGGGAGAGCAAAGAGAACCAGGAGGCUCCGCCCGACCCGCUGGGGGGGGGGCUGCCCAGAGACGGAGAGUCCAAGACGGCUCCGGACGCCAAGAGCGCCGGCCUGAAGAAGAGAGGAGAGGGUAACAAACGUAAGUGGGUUUCUCUGCCGCUGGAGGACGGCGCCCGGGACGACGGCGGCGGCGGCGGAGACAAGGCGCCGAGUGGAGCCCCCACACGCUCGGACACGGACCCCAACAGCGACUCCCCCGACCCCACGUCGCCCAAUCACACGCUCCAUAAUAACAGGCCGCAUGAUAGCAGCAGGAGCUGGAGAAGCGGACCGCGGGAUUUCGGCGACGACGCCUCCAGCGUCCGAAGUGACAGCGGCAGCGUUCGCGGUGGAGUCCGAGGCCGAGGGAAAGGUCGUGGGCGCGGCAGAGGUCGUGGACGAGGUCGUUAUGAAUUCUCCCAGAACUUCAGAGACUCCCAGUCGUCCGACGGCAGUCAGGGCGACUUUGGCAACAACAUGGUUUACUAUUACGACGACGGCAGCAAGGUCCAGAUGUACACGGUGGAUGAGAAGCUCCUGAAGGAAUACAUCAAACGUCAAAUCGAGUACUACUUCAGCCUCCACAACCUGGAGCGGGACUUCUUCCUGAGGAGGAAGAUGGACGUGCAGGGCUUCCUCCCCAUCUCUCUGAUCGCCAGCUUCCACCGAGUCCAGGCGCUGACCACGGACGUCAGCCUCAUCGUGGAGGCCCUGAAGAACAGCACGGAGGUGGAGCUGGUGGACGGGAAGCUUCGCUGUAAAGUCGAGCCGGAGCGCUGGCCCAUCCUGGCCCCCCUCAUCGGGGAAUCCCCCCGGACCGACUUCUCUCAGCUCAUCAACUGCCCCGAGUUCGUUCCUCGCCAGACGCUGAGCUCCACCAACUCCGCUUCGUCGCCCGUGAAGGAGUCUCCUCCCGAGUCUCAGGACUCAGCCGAGGCCGACUCCUCGAGCCAAGAGGAGUCCCCGCCCACAGACGCCUCUGAAGAGGCCGCCGCCCCCAAGCCGGACCCCGACGCCUGGAUCCAGGUGGAGAAACGCCACAAGCAGCCGUCAGCGAAGCCAAAGGGCGACAGCAAGACGCCUCCCAGCAGCCAAGCUCCUCCCCUGGCCGAGCCCGUCCAGGAGGAGCUGGACUUCCUGUUCGACGAGGAAAUGGAGCAGAUGGCGCCCAGGAAAAACCAUUUCACCGACUGGUCCGACGAGGACAACUCGGACUACGAGCUGGACGACACAGACGUCAACAAGAUCCUCAUCGUCACCCAGACUCCGCCCCACAUGCGCAAACACCCGAGCGGCGACCGGACGGGCAACCACGAGUCCCGUGCCAAGCUCACCACCGACCUCGCCAAGGCCAUCAACGACGGGCUGUACUACUACGAACAGGACCUGUGGACGGGAGAGGAGCAGAUCGAGGUUAUCAAGCAGGAAGUGGAUAAUUUCAAGAAGCUGAGCGUCAUCAGUAAAGACGAGUUUGAAUCUCUCGCCCCCAAAGUGCCUGUGGACCCGAACCAGGAAGUCCCGCCUCCUCCGAUGCCAGUGGACAACGACACAGAACUGUCCCACUCUCUGCCCACCACGGUCCCAGAGUCGCCCAGCGCUCACGAGCCCCGGACCCCCAGGACGCCUCGCACCCCCGGACGCCACGACCCCAACAAGGCGCCGCGCUUCUUCCCGGUGAUGAAGGAGAGCGGCACCGUGGACGGACAGAUGUCGAGGAAGAAGAAGACCCGCCAUAGCUCCAACCCGCCACAGGAGGCGCACAUCGGCUGGGUGAUGGAUUCCCGUGAGCACCGGCCGCGCUCCACCUCCAUCAGCAGCUCCAACGCGUCUCCAUCAGAAGCGGCUCCGCUGCUGGGAAGCUACAGCUGCACCCCCCAGUCUCUGCCCAAGUUCUGGCAUCCGUCCCACGAGAUGCUGAGGGACAACGGCUUCACCCAGCAGGGCUACCACAAGUACCGCCGACGGUGCCUUAACGAGAGGAAACGCUCGGGAGUCGGUCAGUCGCAGGAGAUGAACACGCUGUUCAGGUUCUGGUCCUUUUUCCUGAGGGACAACUUCAACAGGAAGAUGUACGAGGAGUUCAAACAGUAUUCAGUGGAAGACGCCAAAGACAACUACAGGUAUGGACUGGAGUGUCUGUUCAGAUACUACAGCUACGGUUUAGAGAAGAGAUUCAGGUUAGAUCUGUUCAAGGACUUUCAAGAGGAGACGCUCCGAGACUUUGAGAAAGGUCAGCUCUACGGUCUGGAGAAGUUCUGGGCCUUCCUGAAAUACUCAAAGAUGAAGAACCAGCCCAUUGACCCCAAGCUGCAGGAACACCUCUCCCAGUUCAAGAACCUGGAGGACUUCAGGGUGGAUCCCCCGAUGGGAGAGGAGGGGGGCAGGAGGAGACGCCACUCGUCCUCGGCCGGGGACGAAGGGAGGCGUCGGCGACAUCCUUCCAACACUACCUCAAAGCCCACGCAGGCCUCCUCCAAAUCCUCCGGUGCUGCUGCCACCACCACCACCACCAACACCACCGCUGCUGCUGCUGCUGCACCGAACCCCCCCAAAGACAACGCCACGAAAUCCACCGCAGGAGCGAGCGCCCCGGCGAAGAAGGCGGAGUCCGGCGCCCCGGCGAAGAAGGCGGAGUCCAGCGCCCCGGCGAAGAAGGCGGAGUCCAGCGCCCCGGCGAAGAAGGCGGAGUCCGGCGCCGGGAAGAAGCCGAGCGCCGCACCAACUAAAUGAAGCUCCCUCCCCGGAGGCGCUGGUUUGGAUGGAAGCGAAGCGGAGCGGCUCUGAGAGUUUGCUCUUGUCAGCGGCAAACCGUCGGUAUGAAGAGAGGCUGGAGAGCGUGGUUGACUUCAUUUGAUUGUUUUUAUCAGUGCAUUUCAUUUUAAGGCAAGCAAGCAUAGGCAGCGAGCUUGAAUCUGUGCAGCUCGUUUAUGUUUACAGAAAGAAAAAAAAAAUGCAUUCCCUGCAUUUUGCCUUUUGUUCUCUCAGAUGCCAAACUCUUCAACGCGCGUGUCGAUCUGCACGACCUGUCGACCGCUGUGGUCUGUGACCGGAUGUGUUGAACUGUGAUUCUAGUUUUGCCAAGAUAAGAGACGCAGCCGAUUGUCUUGUGUGCCUUAAAUCUGACUCACCAGGACGACUGGAGGACGAUUGGUGACCACAACUAAAAAAAAAAGUCCAAAUUCUGCUUUUUUUUAAAAAGUCUUCCCAGCUGAUUUAUUUUUGGGGUUUUAAUGUUUUUCAAAGUGACACCACUCACAUUUUUUCUAUUUUUUAUUUUUGUCAUGAGGCAUAAAUAUCUUCAUCGUCUUCAUCGUGACAAUCAAAGUCGACCUCUGCAGUCACACAGUUUCCGGGCAGCCCCUCCCCCCCCCCCUCGAGGCUGCUGCUCCGGGACAGAUGUGUCCUGAUGUUUUUCAGUCUGACUGACAGACAUCACAGCUGAAACCAUCACAUCGGAUUUUAAUUAAUUUAAUUAAAAACCUGGAAACAUUUUUAAAAUUCAUCUGGGGAGCUUUACUUACUUUAAGUCCCAUUUUACACCCAGAGGUAGAAUAAUUUAUUGUUUUGUUUUUAUUUUAACUUUUACUUGAUUGAUGAAAUAGUCUUAGGUAAUCGAUGCAGUUUUAAAUGGCUUUUGCUAUUGAAUAUGAUAUUAAAAAAAAAAAAAAAAAAGUUAAAUAUUUCUGCUGGAACUAUGGGUGUGAGCUAGCUUCAUAAAAAAAACUACAGUAUAUUUUAGCUUGAAGUUUACUUCAUAUAAUGUUUGAGGCUUAGUGCUCUAGAGCACUUUAAUCAUUAACUUUCCUUUACUUCAUCAGUGGACUUAAAGAGAGGAUUUAGAGUUGAAUUUAAAGAAAAAAAAAUGUAAAUACUAUAAAAAAUCAUUUGCUAUUCAGUUAUCCUUUUGAUUUUAAGAAGUGAUUUGUUUUAUCGGUAAUGUGGUUUUUUUGUUUUGAGUGUGUUUUAGGACAAAGCAAUGCAUGUCGAUGAAUUGUAAAAUGCAAAAAAAUAUAUAAAAUAACACUUGAUUGUA